AAAUGCUUGGAAAUUGAAAUCACGUUUUAUGAAAAUCAGUAAACGCACAAAGGUUUAGGGCACUGAACUCAAGUGAAGUGGCGACAAACACCGCACUUCAACGGCUGGCACCGAGCCAGGACCACACCGGUGGGUUCCAGUAGAGAGAAGCUCUCAAAAGCACUUCUGGCUUGUAUCCAAACAGGCCCAUAAUAAUAAUAACAAUAAUAUAUUUGUUCUGCUGAGAAAAGGAACCGCACCUGCUAAUUUGAAUUUGUGUGGUUCUAUAAGGCUACAUCUAUAUGGAAUCCCAAUUAGUUGAUGGUAAUGAUGAUAUGGGAGUUUCUGGGGAUGUGGGUUUGAGUACGUAUGAAGUUCAGAUGCAUCAAGAAACAUAUGAAGUGGAUCCAAAUGAGGAGUGUAGAGUACUAGAGAGUUCUUCUGGGGGAGAGGUGGGUAUCUGCGAUGAUCAUGCUAUUCAGGAACCAUAUGAAGGCAUGGAAUUUGAAUCUGAAGAUGCUGCUAAGAUAUUCUAUGAUGAAUAUGCCCGGCGUUUAGGAUUUGUUAUGCGUGUGAUGUCUUGUCGACGCUCAGAAAGGGAUGGUAGGAUUCUUGCCCGCAGACUUGGAUGUAAUAAAGAGGGUUAUUGUGUCAGCAUCCGAGGGAAAUUUGCAUCAGUUCGUAAACCUAGGGCCAGCACAAGGGAAGGUUGUAAGGCAAUGAUUCAUAUCAAAUAUAAUAAGUCUGGAAAAUGGGUGAUAACAAAGUUUGUGAAGGAUCAUAAUCAUCCAUUAGUAGUCUCUCCACGUGAAGCACGCCAAACAAUGGAUGAAAAGGAUAAGAAAAUUCAGGAAUUAACAGCAGAGCUUCGGCAUAAAAAACGGUUGUGUGCAACAUAUCAAGAACAGUUGACUUCUUUUAUGAAAAUUGUUGAAGAGCACAAUGAAAAGCUAUCUGCCAAAAUUCAUCAUGUAGUUAAUAAUCUUAAAGAAUUUGAAUCCAUAGAAGAGCUUUUGCACCAGACAUAGCAGUGCAUCAUGUCGCGGUGUGACCACUAAAACGUGUCAUGUUCAAAGAAUGAUCCUUUAAUCCUUCAUGAAUUGCAUAUGCUGAUUCAGUGAAUACUUUGGUAAGGCUAGCCUAUUUUUUCGGAGAACUGAUAAGGCUAGCUUUGCCACAAAGAGAAGGCCACCACACACACACACACACAUAUAAACUGUGAAGUUAUAUAGGUUGUCAUAGUGCUUAAAAGCUAAAAGAGGUUUUUAUGACAUUUUGGCAACUGACACAAACUAGUUACGCCCCUUUAAGCCUAAGGGUACGAUGUAAUCUUGUAUCAUUAUUGUACUCCCCUAAUUUUACAGAACAAAAUGUAAACAACAAUAAUAUUGUAACUUGCUUAGUUUGAAACUGCUGUCAGCUAAAUAUUAUUGUUUAUAGGAGAAAUGUGUUGGAAUGUUUUAUCACGCGAGAAA